AUGCUGGGAUUCGAACCAGGGUCUUCUGCAAGAACAACAGUGUUCUUAACUGCUGAGCCAUCUCUCUAGCCCCGCAAGGAUUAUUUUUUAUGGUUACCAUUUAUCUACAACUUAUAAAGUUGUAAAAUAAUCCCCAGGACUCAGACUCAGCCUGAAAGGGUGUGUUCUUCAAGCAGUGCAAUUUUUUUCUCCUCCACCUAACAGUUAUCAUUUAUCUCUAGACAUUGAGUAAGCAAAAAGUCUCAAAUGGACACACCCCAAACAAUUCGAAGACAAUUUAGAAGUAAAAUGGCACCUUCAAAACUAUCCUGUGCAGUCGGAAUGUGUCUGGCUCAUUGCUAACUGAAAGGAAGUGGCUUCACGGGUGUACACUGUUCCUUAGUGAAUCUGAAACACCAUUUGCACGGUUUUCUUCUCUAUUUUCCCACCUGCCCCAAGCCAGGCCCUUCAACUAGACAUGACUUGCUAGUUAAACAGCACACGCAGCUCAGGAUCUGGAGUCAGGGGUCCAAUCAUUCAAAAACUUGUUUCUUCGGGGGGAGGGGGGUGCUAAUUAUAAAGCCUAGCUCUAAGAGUUGCAGCAAGAUUUAAUCAGAUGAAGGAUGUAAACGGAGUGUAACUUUGAAAAGAGCAUACAUCCACUGGAUGCCAGGUUCAUCUCUACGAACGAUGAACCGAUGAACCGUAACUAGCCUCUGUGCCUUGGAAGCACCCACGGCGUUGUCACGCGCUCCUCUCCUCUGGCUCCUCCCCGGCGGGGCUGGGAAGCAAAGGGCGUGAAUGAGCGGCCUCCGGCGGCCCGCCCAGGUGAAGUCCCACUCCCGGCCCAGACACCCAGUUCCUGAUUCUGUCUAAGAUUCCUGCAGCACCCGCAGUACCGGCGACGAAGGAUGGGCGCGCGGGGAGGAUGCACCAGGAGCAGAGCCCGGUGGAGCCCGCCGCCGCCGCCGCUGCUGCCGCUGCUGCUGCUGCUGCAGACUGGGCUGCCGUCGUGGGGCUGGGCCUCCGGGGCCGCCCAGCCGCCCCACCUUGUCUUCGUGCUGGCCGACGACCUGGGCUGGAACGAUGUGGGUUUCCAUGGCUCGGUCAUCCGCACGCCGCACCUGGACAAGCUGGCGGCAGGCGGGGUGAUCCUGGACAACUACUACGUGCAGCCGCUGUGCACACCCUCGCGCAGCCAGCUGCUCACCGGCCGCUACCAGAUCCAUACGGGCUUACAGCAUCUACUCAUCAAAGUCUGUCAGCCCAGCUGUAUUCCUCUGGAUGAAAAACUCCUGCCCCAGCUUCUAAAGGAAGCAGGCUAUGCUACCCAUAUGGUUGGAAAAUGGCACCUGGGAAUGUACCGGAAAGAAUGUCUGCCAACCCGCCGAGGAUUUGAUACCUACUUUGGAUACCUCCUAGGCAGUGAAGAUUACUACACCCAUGAGGUCUGUGCGAGAAUUGAGCCUUUGAAUGUUACACGAUGUGCUCUUGAUUUUCGAGAUGGUGAAGAAGUUGCAACCCAGUAUAAAAAUAUGUAUUCAACAAACAUAUUUACUGAAAGGGCUACAACUCUCAUAGCUAAUCAUCCACCAGAGAAGCCUCUAUUCCUCUACCUUGCUCUCCAGUCUGUCCAUGAUCCGCUUCAGGUCCCUGAGGAAUACCUGAAGCCAUAUGACUUUAUCAAAGAUAAGCACAGACAUAUCUAUGCGGGGAUGGUGUCCAGUAUGGAUGAAGCAGUGGGAAAUGUCACUGCAGCCUUAAAAAGCCAUGGGCUCUGGAACAACACGGUGUUCAUCUUCUCCACAGACAAUGGAGGGCAGACUCUGGCUGGAGGCAAUAACUGGCCCCUUCGGGGAAGGAAAUGGAGCCUGUGGGAAGGAGGCAUUCGAGGAGUGAGUUUUGUGGCGAGCCCCUUACUGAAACAGAAGGGCGUGAAGAACCGGGAGCUCAUCCAUAUCUCUGAUUGGCUACCGACUUUGGUGAAGCUGGCUGGGGGAAGCACCAAUGGCACCAAGCCUCUGGAUGGCUUUGACAUGUGGAAAACCAUCAGUGAAGGAAGCCCAUCGCCCAGGGAGGAGCUGCUGCAUAAUAUUGACCCCGACUUCCUGGACAGUUCGCCAUGUCCUGGCAAAAGUGGGACUCCAGCAAAGGAUGACUCUUCUCUAGAAUAUUCUGUCUUUAACACAUCUAUCCAUGCUGCAAUUAGACACAGAAAUUGGAAACUCCUCACAGGCCACCCAGGCUGUGAUUACUGGUUCCCACCUCCAUCUCAUUCCAACAUUUCUGAGAUACCUUCAUCAGACCCCCCAACCAAGACUCUCUGGCUGUUUGACAUCGAUCAGGACCCGGAAGAAAGACACGACCUGUCCAGAAAGCAUCCCCAAAUUGUCAAGAAACUCCUUUCCCGCCUGCAAGACUACCACAAUCACUCUGUGCCCGCGUACUUCCCUCCUCAGGACCCCCGCUGCGAUCCUAAAAGUACUGGUGUGUGGAGCCCCUGGAUGUAGGGCUCUGGGGAAGCUGGAGCACAUUUCUGUGCAAGCUGGGCCUCAGGCCCCAACUCUGCUGGCUUCUCUUCUUCACUCUCCUCCCUGUGCUCACCUGGCUCCUAUUCUCCAUAACCACACAAAGGAGUCCAGUUUCAACCCACAGUACAUUUCAAAAGCCAGUAAAAGCUGGACGGUUCCUGCUGUUGGCUGGAGCUGUGUCUGGAAGCCAGGGUGGCUAGUUCAUCCCACUUCCUAAGCUGUGUGGCAGGCAGUUGGGAACAAUGCAGGAAGUUCUUCCUGAGUCCUAGAGACGGAGCAGCUGGCUCUUUUUGAUUACGAGUCAUUCAUUAGAAUUCCCUCUGGCAAUAACUAGUUUUAAUGACAAGAGUUACAAUUCUUGUAACAAAGUCAAGAAGACAGUUGCUAUGUAGUGUCCAGGAUUCCAUGCCCAUGACCCCUUGGCUCACAUCUCACUCACUCAUCUCGGAGCCUAAGUCUUAUUGCAUUGAAGUCAGCAUGGUUGGAUGCCUGUACCUUGCUUUUAGUUUCCACAAUAACGAAAUGUGUUUUUAUCUUAGACUUUCCCUUCCCCCGCACCAGCCAUUGCCCAUUUCCUCUAGACUUCUGCCACUCCCGGGCCCCCUGUGGCUCUAUUCCUGUCAUUCCUUUGGACUUCAAUGUCCUAUGCCUGAGAAGACCAUGUUCCCAUCCGCCCCAAGCAUCCUGAGCUUUUGGGUAGUCCUAAGCCCUGCCCAGAGAAAGUGCCUGGUCAUUCUGUGACCAUGCUCAUGGGAGUUGUGGGUCUGUGUCUGUCAGAGAGGUGUCUCCCAAGUUGCAUGGAAUUUAUUGUCAUGACUGUGGCUGUGUCUCCUAAUGUACUGUGAGUUGUACUGCUUUCCCAGGCAGUGAGGAGAAAUGCUGGGAAAGUUCCUCUUCAUUCUGAGCUGAUGGAAGGGGUGGCUUGAGGAAAGGAAGUGGACAGUGUCUCAUAUGUUGGCCUUCGUAAAGCAGAGGGGAUCCCAAACAUAUUCCCCUCAUUCUCUGUUUUACUUCUAGUAUUGGGGUUCUAAGGUUGAAGAAUGAGAAUACACAAUUGGACCUUCAACCCUUUCUCAGGCCCACUUCUAUCUUCCUGAUAUGUGUCAGUUCAGAUGAGCUGAAAGAGCAUCAAACUCAGAUGAGUGUAAAGUUUUGCUCUUCUGUUAGCACCACUACUUUGUUCACAGCUUAUCAUCAGUGUCAUAAUAGCACCUGGGACAUAGAAGACACCCAGUACAUUUUUUUAAUGAAGGAAUGAAGAGUCAAUGAGAAAGACUCAUACCAUGACAGAUGCCAGUCUAGUGAAUAUGAGGGUAAUAUAAACAUCCUCCAACCCUUGCUGCCCUGUCCUUGAGCUGCUCCUACUACUCUGGUAGGAGUAUAAUCUGCCUAUCUGGGUAGUCAUUGGACCUGCCAUGGCAGGGCUCUGAUGUCCUCUCUGGGUGGAUUGAAAGGGAAUUCUGCUUCCCAGAUAUAUUAUUUUGCACAAGCUUCAUUUCCAUUCUUCAUUAAUCACUAGAAAUAAAGCCAUCAAAUAAUGUGACAUAGGCCCUGACUGUAUAUUUCAAUUCAGCAGCAAUAUUUCCUGGUCACUACUGUUCUGUAUAAUAUUAUAAUAAGACUUAUAAGAAAAUGGUGCUAAAACUAAUGACAUCUAUUACCAACCUUUACCCAGCUGUUCUGGCAAAGAGCUGGCUAGAAGACCACCUCUUACUCCAUAGCCUGUGACAGAGAGUCUGAACUAACUGAGCCUGGAUGUUCUUCCUCAUCCUUCUAAUCCACAGCUGUAGACAGCCAUGAAUGUUCUGAGAAUGAAGGUCACUAUUCAUGGCACCUAUUUGAUUUUUGCCUAUUAUACUCCAAACAGCUGCCCCCAGUUCUAGCUCCUUGACUAUGGUGUAUAUUUGGGAUGUUAAGUAUUUGAUGGGUUUAAGAAGACUUUCAAAAAGUAAUUUUUUAAAAAAUGACUUGAGAUUUUGUUUGAUAAAACAAAUAAAAUGGAAUAUAUCUCAAUAUAUCUUAGAUUUCCAUGUUUUGUACAAAAAAAAAAAAAAGAUUCCUAGCUUGUCGUUAGAAGUAUUAAUGUCACUUCUUUCCAAAUUUGUUCACAUUUAAAGAAUGUUUUGUUUAUUAAAUUGUCAACUCAUUACUUUGUUAUCACAUGAUUGUUCCAGUUUGAGGAGCAAAAUAAAAUCAGUCUUUUAAAAAACAGA